AUGACAAGUGAGAAGAGGAUAAAUAAAUCGGACUCAGAAUGUCUGAAAUAUUCAUUGCACGGCACUCCUUCCGAAGGCAUUAACUUGGAACAAUUGAUAUCCGGUUCCAAUGCGGACGGAAUUAUAUCGACUUCAUCGAUUGAGGAAAAUCCGACAGACCUUCCGUCGUCCGAAUCAUCGAUUCCAAGUAUUCUGUAUGAUGCAAUCCCUCCAAUUCAAGAUCAACGGUCAAUAGUGGCUAAUAUGUGGGUACGUUUUAAUAAUGAAAAGAAGGAAGGUGAUUUGGUAUUCAUUAUUCCAGAGCGUUGGCUUGCCCUUUUUCAGGAUCCUAAUAUUAUUGACUACAGAUCCAUUCCUUCAAUUGAUGUUGCAUCAAUUUCACUCGAUUAUAAAAAUUUUAUAUUACAAGACUACACACAACAUCUAUAUACAGCAGUACCAGCAUCAAUGUUCACUUUACUUCAACAAUGGUAUGAUUUGACCCCUAAUUCGAAACCUAUUUCCACAUUCAUUGUAAGAGACGCAAACAACCAGUUGCUUGUCGAAUAUGACAGGCCAAGGUGCAGAAUACAUCAUUUGGUAGCUGGAAAUGGUAAUGCAAAUAUUUAUCCCGGAUCCAGCAGACAUAGCAUUGACCAUAAAAUCCCCUUAAUGUUCACAAUGUCUAGGUUGGCAACAAUGAAAGAUGUUAUCCAAAGGUGCUUAGAAGUUUUCUAUGCUAAAGAACCACAUCUUGACAAAAGCUCCCUUACCCAUAGAAUAUGGUACAUAAAUGAGCGCGUUGCAGACCCUAAAUCUACACAAACUUUACUGAGUAACUAUGUGUUAUCCCCUUCUGCAUUUUUGGAGCUUCAGACUAAACACGAAAUUACUAAAUCGAUGUAUUCACGGCAACUCAAGGAUUAUGAUUCCCAAAUAAUCAGUUUGGUUGUUGAAGUUAAACAGAAAUCUUCAAACCAACAUUGGCCCUCCAAUUUUUUCCAUUACAACAAAUUGAAUGCACCAUCGGGAAUUAUGGGGUUGUCAAAUUUGGGAAACACUUGUUACAUGAAUUCCGCAUUACAAUGUCUAUUGCACAUACCGGAACUCAAUGAAUACUUUCUUUACAAAGGCUAUGAACGUGAAAUUAAUAUCAACAAUCCCUUAGGACACAAAGGUGACGUUGCCCAUGCAUUUGGACAUCUGUUGUAUUCACUCUUUGCACCUUCGUACGGUCAAUCUACGUUUUAUGCUCCCAGAAAUUUCAAGAAUACGAUCGGUCACUAUAAUUCCCUUUUUGCCGGUUAUGGUCAACAGGAUUCUCAAGAAUUUCUAGCAUUUUUAUUAGAUGGUCUACACGAAGAUCUCAAUAGAGUGAUCGAAAAGCCAUACGUGAACAAACCAGAAUUCCCAAAUGAUGGUCAAAUAGAUGAUACAGAUCAAAUAGUGCUGUUGGCAGCCAAUAUGUGGGAUUACAUUAAAAAACGGAAUGAUUCAGUCAUUAUGGACCUUUUCGUCGGUUUAUACAAAUCAACACUUGUUUGCCCUAAUUGCAACCAUGUAUCAAUCACAUUCGAUCCAUAUAACGACUUGACAUUACCUCUUCCCAUUGAGAAUUAUUGGUCGACAAAGGUUACGAUUUUUCCUCAAAACUCUCCUCCUUGCACCUUAGAAGUUGAACUAUCUAAAACAUCUUCUUACAAUGACCUCAAAGCAUAUGUUGCUCAACAUGCAAAUAUGCAUGCGAAUGACUUAAUAGGCGCAGAGAUAUUUAAUCAUCAAUUCUACAACAACUAUGAAUCGAACGUCGAAGCUGACUAUUUGCCAAUAUCCGAGUUAAUAUCAGAAAGUGAUACUGUUAUAUUUUACGAGGUUCAUAGAGGACAAGAUGAUCUUGUUGUUCCGAUCCUUAACACACGUUUUGAAGAAGGUUUUAAAACACCGAGGUUGUUUGGAUAUCCUUUCUUUAUUGCACUCUCGCAAGCCGAACAAUUCAGUUAUGGUGCGAUACGAAAGAAAAUCGAAAAAUGUUAUCAAAACUUCUCCGGAGGAUUUUCUGAGUUCCCCAUAGUAGGUAAGACUAAGAUGCCAGAUCUCUCCUCCAUGCCUUUAUUGGAGAAAAGGUACAGUCAAUGUGAGAUAGAGUCAAUUAUGCCUGAAUUAGAAUAUAUCAAUCCGGAGAUGUCAGUCGAUGAGUUUUUUCAACUGAAAAUCUUGAAGGUUGAUUCUGUCAGUUCGAAUCGUAGAGUUACUAGUUUUUCUGGUGUUUCACUAGGACAGACUUCCGAUGAGCCUAACUCACAAAUAUGGAUACCGCCUACAGCAUCCUUGAUAACCUAUAAUCACAGCGAACUGAUACGCAAAGCUCUCCCAGAGGCUAUUGAAGCAGCAUAUUACUAUUCUGAUAUGUUAUCAAACGAAGAUGAUAUUCCUAAUGAUCAAACAGUUUCGGAUACUGCUAAUGACCUUGCCACAAAGUCCUACACCAGUCCCAACCCCGAAGAAAAUGUGACAAGUAGUGCAGAGGCCCUGGAUGGAACAUUGCACUUAAAAGUCAGUCCAUUGUUAGAUGUCCACAAUGCGAUUAUUUGCGAAUGGGAGGCUGUCAAAGUGAUUAAUGUUUUUGAUGAAGAUAAUGGAGUGAACUGGGAUCAUCCAGCAAUUCUUGAAAAUUUGAGCUUGUCAGAAGUCAGAAAAACAAGAGCCCAAACAGAAAAAUCAAGUAUUACUCUCGAUUCGUGUUUACGGCUCUUUUCUCAACCCGAAAUUUUGGGCUCAGCAGACUCUUGGUACUGUCCGAAUUGCAAACAGCAUACCCAGGCUUCUAAACAGAUAGAAUUAUGGAAUACUCCUGAUAUUUUAUUGAUACAUUUAAAGCGUUUCGAAAAUCAGCGAUCUUUUAGUGAUAAGAUCGACGCGACUGUUAAAUUUCCAAUAGAAGGUUUGGAUAUGUCUCCUUAUUUAUCUUACAAAAAGGAAGGUGAAAAUGAUGUUUAUGAUUUGAUUGCUGUGGACAACCAUUAUGGUGGUCUUGGAGGUGGCCAUUACACCGCAUACUGCAGAAACUUUAUUGACGGCAAAUGGUACUAUUUUGACGAUUCCCGGGUUAAUGAAGUAUCUCCUGAAAAUAGCAUUGCCGGAUCUGCUUACUUGUUAUUCUACAGAAGACGCACUUCAGGGAACCAAACUCUUGGCAAUGGAAAAUUGCGGGACAUUAUUGAUAUUUCUCGGAAAGAAUAUGAACAGAAACAGGACGAGUUUAUGACAAACGUGGAAACAUUAUACGCUGCAACACAUACAGACACUGAGAGUGAAGCAUCAGAUUCGGACAGGAGCUCAGUUGAUGAAGAAAUGGACUCUGACAACAGCGACUGUGAAAAUGAUAAAAAAUCAGCAUUUGUUGAUCAGAGCGAUAUUUCAAGCAAUUCUUUAGGUAUGGACAACUUAACAUACAGUAACAGACCUUCAAAAGAUAACACUAUUCAUACUUCGAAGAAUGCAAAUGGUAGCAUCGAAUCUACUUUGAACAACAAUGAACUACCUGAAGCAGAACAAACGGUUACAGCAACAGAAAGAAAAGGAGCUCUACAAUACAACGUAUCGAGCCUCGAGGUUGGCAGUAAUAUUGCGAAAUUAGAUACGCAUGACUCUUCGCGGAGAAAGCUUAGGCUUUUAGAUAAAAUAUAUCUUCCAGAUUCCUCUAACCUUAACUCGAGUACAGAUUCACUAUCACCAUGUAUUUCCCACACAGAAUCAUCUUCUAAUAAUAACGAAUCUUAG